AUGGUGUACUGCGGCAAGCCUUCCAAGGGCUGUUCCGUUUGCCGCGAACGAAAAGUCAGGUGUGACCAGAAAGAGCCCGGUUGUGGCCAGUGUGAGAAGCGCCAGCAGCAAUGCCCUGGCUAUCGAAACCUUGUUGACCUUAUGUUCCGGGACGAGAGCUCCCAUGUCAUCAAGAAAGCCGCCAAAACGAAAGCUCGGGGCCGCUUGAAGACUUCCGGUACCAUUUGCGACGCCGAGUCGUCUGAGAAUGCACCAGCCACCACCAGCACCAGCACCGGCACCGACCCUGAGAGCUCCGGCCCGAAUUCCAGACCGACUGCCAAACCUGGUGCUCGUCGCCAAUACCAAUUUCUUCCUCUAGUCGUGGGGACUCAGAAAGUCGCCAUCAGGCACCGACCUCGUCAGGCUCGAUGGGCUUCUUCCUCCGAAAGUGAUGACGAUGACGAUGACCUGUUGCCGUCUCCCGUGGAAGAAAUCCGGCCAGCGACGCAGCGAGCAACGCCUCUAUACUCCUUAUCGCCAUCGUAUCAAGAGCGUGGCACAGCCUUCUUCUUCUCCCGUUAUGUCUCUGUCGACGAGAACGCCUGCCACCUAAACUAUGACUUCAUAUUUGACAUCUGGCGUCCAGCUAGCAUGUUGCCUGACCGGCAGGUAGACGGUGUGAUGGCUAGCAUGACAGCUGUCGGGCUGGCUGGUCUCUCCCAUCUCACCAUGCGCCCCGAAUUGAUGGACUGGUCGCGCAGGAGCUAUGGCACCGCUCUACAGCUGACCAAUGAUGCUCUCCGGAACCCUGUCGAGGCGCUCAAGGACACGACAAUGUUGUCCAUCCUCAUAUUGGGCACGUACGAGACGCUCAGUGGCCGCAGCAGCCAGACAGUAAGGGCAUGGCAAAACCACAUCAACGGCGCCUCUGCGCUGGCCAAAAUGCGCGGCCUCAAGCAGUUCACGACAAGGGCGGGGGCCCGUAUGUUUGUCAUGUUGACGCAGAUCGUUCUCAUCAACUGCAUGCAGAAAGACAUGCCUAUGCCGCAGCCUCUAAUCGAGCUCCGAAACCAGCUGGGUUUGCUGUCAGGGGGUACAGAUGUCAACUGGCGGAUAUCAGGUCCUAUUUAUAAGGUCAUGCAGUUGAGAUACGACAUCAACAGCGGGAAACUCAGCCAGACAGCUGAAAUUAUCGACCAGCUCUUAAAAGUUGAUCGGGAAUUUGCCGACAUCAUUUCUGACCUACCAGAACAUUGGAAGUAUCGACCUGUGAAGCUCUCGAAACCUCACCCAGCCGUGUUCGGUGGUUAUCAUUGUGAUGCAUACCCAAAUCUGGGGUUAGCCGCGACGUGGAACGGUGUUCGAUCUAUCAGAUUGAUGGUACAUGAGACCAUUGUUGGCGAGCUCUUCAAGUGCUUUCCCGGUCAGCACAUAACGGCUUGGCCAUACGAAGCAAAAUUACAGCUUGCAAAUUCUGCCGCGUUCUUGGAGAAACUUCGCGAUGCAGUGAUGGCGAGUGCUCCUCAACAUUUCGGCGUCGUCAGCUUCAAAGAUGCAAUGUCAGAAGGCGGUGGCUCGGCGACAGCCGUUAUUACAGCUAACAAAUCACCGACCCAUAUCGUGCUGUCUCCCCUAACUUCCACAUUAUCUACGCCACCCGCUUCCGUGGACGGCCCAACGCGACGCCCGGCCGUGUUCAACGGUCCAACUUUGCACGACCCGGCACAUAUGAAAGGUCGCAGCGACAAUGCCGAGCGUUUCAUGACCCUUGCAUCUGCGACCAACACUGUUGUAUGGCCGUUGUACUUGGUGGGCGUCUCAUCAUGCGGUACAGAGCAAGUCAAGACUUAUGUUGUCGAACGGUUGCAAGCGAUCCUCGAGGAGUCGGGACUGCUGCAAGCUCGUGGGGUAGCACUCAUGGUGAGAGAUAAGGAGGUGUGCAUACCAUGGGCCGAUGUGGCCUGGGAUCAAAUGCCACGGACACAGAUUCCAUCGGACUUACUUGUGUAA